UACACGAAAUAAUUUCUCCCUCCCCCUCUCUGUCUUCGUUGAGACUGAUUCAUUUCACAAUUCACACACUUCUCUCUUUCUCUCUCCUUUCUGGAUAGACGAGAUUGCCAUUCAAAGGAGAGAAUUCGCCAUGGUGAGUCAACUCGGAGAUUACUCGACUCUGAGUCUUGAACGAGUCUGAAGCAGAUCGUCGAGGUCUUGUCUUGCAGUAUCAGCUGUGUUUCAGCUGGAUUUCCGUAGCUUUUGAUAAAUACUUUAUAUGAUUUGGGUCUAUUUGGUUUUAUGAUAAAGUGGAGAUUUUGUGAUUUGGGUUGCUUCAUUUCUAUUGGGAAAGUUGGGGUUUUGAUCUGGGUUUGUUGAAUUGAGGAUAAAGUGAAAGUUCAGUUUGCUUUGUUCUUUACUGAUAAAGUAAAGAGUUUUGAUUUGUGUUUAUUCAAUUUUUGGUAAUUUUAGGGUCUUGAUCUGGGAUUGUUCGGUUUGGGAUGGGUGAGGAGACAUCUGAUACUAUGAAUCUCGAUUUGAAUUUGGGCCCUGGUCCUGAGGCAGGGUCUGGAUCAGUACCAGGCGAAGCAGUGAAUUUGGAUGAGUGGAUGGAUGAUCCUUUUGAGAGAAUUAGGGAGGCUGUUAGAAUUAGUAGGGCUAGACAGCGCUGGAGAUGGCGACAAGUUCAAAUUCCUCGUGAAACUCAGACCAUUUCAGUGGAAUUGAACCAAUUGAUAGGAAAUUCUGACAGUGUCAGUACUUUACAAGUUGGUGAGGGUAGUGUUACUGCUGAAGAAAGGACAAAUGAGGUGCCAAAAAUUUGUGAAAAUAACAAUGGGUUCUUGGAAGACCAAGUAUCAGAGAAAAAGAGUGAUAUGGAGAAUGGAAAUGAUAGUGAGGGGAGCUUCUUUGAUUGUAAUAUUUGUUUGGAUUUGGCUACAGAUCCAGUUGUCACUUGUUGCGGCCACUUGUUCUGUUGGCCAUGCUUAUACAGAUGGUUGCAUGUGCAUUCAGAUGCUAAGGAAUGCCCAGUUUGCAAGGGAGAGGUAACCAUUAAGAAUGUGACCCCUAUUUAUGGCCGUGGAAAUAAUACUCGUGAGCCAGAGGAGGACUCAAGCCUUGAGAUCCCUCUCAGGCCACAAGCAAGGCGGGUUGAGAGUUGGAGGCAAAGUAUUCAGAGGAAUUCUUUUAGUUUCCCAAUGGAGGAAAUGAUUCGACGACUUGGAAGCAGAUUUGAUUUGACUCGGGAUUUGAAUUCAGUGCAGGAUUCAAAUGGCACUAAUGAAAUAGCAGACAGGAAUUCCUUCCUGAGUAGGAUUAUGACACUUAGGGGAAUGCGCACUGAGCAAAAUCCUGUUGCACCUAUUGAUGAAUUAGUGGAUUUAACACACACUGGCACAAGCAGUCCUGACACACGGCACACCCGUCGACUCCAUUCGCUAUUACUUCGAAGAUCACAAUCUCACUCUCAGAGAUCUUCAACCCACACUUCGCAUUCUUCUGCUUUGAAUUCUGCUGAAAGGUUAAUUGACGCAUAUUUUCGUAACUAUCCUUUAGGGAGGAAUCAGGAGCAGCCCCAGCCUGUUGACGAUAGAGAUUCAUUCUCAAGUAUUGCCGCUGGUAUAAACUCUGAGUCUCAAAUGGACACGGCGGUGGAAAUCGAUUCCAUGGGGUCACUCUCAACUUCUUCCUCCAGAAGAAGAAAUGAUACUGCAAGAGUCUCAGAUGUGGACAGCGGGGAUUCCCGUGCACCUAGGAGGAGACGAUUCAAUUAGGAAUAGUUCAUCUAAUAAUUAAUAUAUCCUGGAAGUUGCUCAAGGUAUGGCAAAACAUAUGUAAGUGUUUCCUGCAUUAUAGUUCUUUCACUCUACAAGGUUUUCAUCACCUGCAAAGUUGUUGACUUUCAUGAGGUGGUUAUAUAACUUCCAAUCCUUUGCUGCUGCCACUAUGUUGUUUGAGAUACUACUGUACUACAUUAUGGGGCUUGUGCUCUGAAUUUGUAUGGAAAGUUAAAUUCAUAGAGCGAGUAGGCAAUCACCUUCCCUUGUACAUAAAAACUUUUCAGACUCCACAGUUAUGGAAAAUUUGCUAUUCUUGCAGAACUUAUCCCAUAGUAUCAUGCCAAUCAGUGAAUUGAUUUCUGGCCAAAUGGUAUUUCUUAGUUACCAUUUCAUUAUCUCAAAGUUCAAAUAGUAGUAAAUAUCCUAGAAGUUAUAUGUAACUUUAGCUAAAUAUGUAUGUUUACUGCUUGCAACAAAGGCAUAAUAAAACCAAUUUUAUUCAGUAAUAAAGUGUUGUUUUAUUGCU